AAUCCUACAGGAAGUUGUGUAGUUGCGUCGCUAUUUUCACUGGUUCUCGUGUUUUGUCUAACACAAGAAAUAAAUUUAACUGACUCAUAUUAUUUGUCAUUUGCAGCGUUUCAUUUUCAUUCCAGCAAAAUGAAACACAGCUCCAACGUUCCCGCGUUUCUCACCAAGCUUUGGACCCUCGUCGAGGAUUCGGACACAAAUGAAUUUAUUUGCUGGAGCCAGGAAGGAAACAGUUUCCUUGUACUGGAUGAACAAAGGUUUGCAAAAGAGAUUCUCCCAAAAUUUUUCAAGCACAACAACAUGGCCAGUUUCAUCCGACAGCUCAACAUGUAUGGUUUUCACAAGGUGUUGCACAUUGAAACGGGCAUAGUGAAGCAAGAGCGAGAUGGACCAGUUGAAUUCCAACAUCCAUACUUCAAACAUGGGCAAGAUGACCUGCUAGAGAAUAUCAAAAGAAAGGUCUCCAAUGCACGGCCCGAGGAGAACAAAAUAAGACAAGAAGAUCUUUCUAAAAUUCUGACAAAUGUUCAGAAUGUCCACGAGCAGCAAGAAAACAUGGAUGCUAGACUUGCUACGCUGAAAAGAGAGAAUGAAGCUCUUUGGACAGAGAUUUCAGACCUCAGACAGAAACAUGCACAGCAGCAGCAGGUCAUAAAGGAGCUGGUGCAGUUCAUCUUCACAUUGGUUCAGAACAAUCGCAUGUUAAAUUUAAAACGCAAAAGACCGCUUGCUCUGAGCAGUAAUGGAAAGAAGUCAAAAUUCAUCCACCAGAUCUUUGAGGAACCUAUGGACCACAGCAAAUCCCCAGCAAAUGGACUCAAUGGAUUGAAAAACAGCUCUGACAUUUCUGAAGAUGUCGUCAUUUGUGACAUCACAGAUGAAGAUACGGAGUUUAUAGAUGGCGUAUCUGUACCGGCUGACCAAGUAGAUGCUGAAAUUGUGGAAGUGGCUUAUGAAAGCAGUCCAAAUAAAAGAAACGACAGCACAAUUGGAAGUGUAACAAAUUCAAUCACUCAACAAGAAGCAGUACCCAAAAGCACCGCAAGCAUCCUGCAAUUGAACAAACCGUCAGGUCUAAGUUCAGAGGAUCCAGUGAAGCUGAUGGACUCUAUUCUCAGCGAAAAUGGAGCCCUUUCACAAAACAUAAACCUUCUUGGCAAAGUUGAGUUGAUGGACUAUCUGGACAGUAUUGACUGCAGUCUGGAAGACUUCCAGGCCAUGUUGUAUGGAAAACAGUUCAGCAUUGAUCCAGAUAUCAUAGAGGAAGCGUUCUCGGAAACAAAGGGUAAUGCCAACAAAGGUAAGUCUGAGCCUGGCAACACAGAUAAGCAGCUGAUCCAGUACACAACCUGCCCUCUGCUGGCCUUCCUGGAUGGAGGCACCCCUCUGGCCCCAUCAGAUCCUCCAGCUGAAAACCUGACCCAAUCUAUCCUGCCCCGGAGCCCUGAAGAACCCGCAGACCUGUUGGACAAGGCCCUGGAGAUGGAGAACGAGAUUCCUCGCAGCUCUCUGAUCCGUCUGGAGCCCCUCACAGAGGAAGAGGCGAGCGAGACCACGCUGUUCUAUCUGUGUGAACUGAACUCUGACCUGCCCAGCGCCGACACGCCACAGCUCGAUAUCUGAAAGCGAAUUAGCCUGGAAAACAGGGACUGGACCUUUUCAAUUUUUGUAAAUAUUCAUCAAAAUGAUGAUAUUUAUUAGCCAGAAUUUUUUUUGGUACCAUCUGUCCCUCAGUUUGACAUUCCUUCCUUUCACAGAUACUCCUAGUUACUGUUCACUAGUUAGUGUUCCUUACAAUAUUUCCAUCAGGAGAUCAGGCUGCAGUUAUGUUGCUGAUUUAUAUUGCAGCUGUUUUGUGAAGCACGCGUUGUCCUGUUUUAUUGUUGAACAGUUCAGAAAAUGUUAGUUAUCCUUUAUGUAUGGUAUAGAAGUGCCUGCCUGAUGUUCUCAUGUCACUGAAAAUAGAUGUGAAGACUUUGGCUUAUGGUUAGUUCCAUAAUAUUGGACAAUACACAGUGAUUGUUGUUA